AUGGCUAAUAGCGUAGAGGCUGUUGAAGUGGACGAGGUGCGGCGGGUGCUGCUCUCGCUGGGCUAUCACAAUCCCUCCGCAGACGACAUUGCACUCACAUUGCAGCAGGUGCGGGAUGCCCGUCGCAGUGAGUCCGAGCAGCAGCAACAGCUGCAGCUGCAGCGGCAAUCCUUCUCUCCCGUUGGGAGAAACGAAGGAUUCCGUCCAUCGUCCACGUCCCCACCACGUGCAGCCAACGACGUGACCAUGGCUCCUCAUGCAAAUGAGCUCAUUGAGGUGGAUAGCGACGAGGGAAAUCCGCGGCGGACCUCCACCUCACAGAAACAAUGGCCUGGUUUGUCCUCCCACUCUGUCCGUGAGGGUCGCACAACGCCAAUGAACUCAACAGGGACCGGGAGGCACCCGAGACGUGGGCGGGUUGCGGCGGCCCAGCCCAGUCGAGGAAAGUGUUACCCACCGUCGUGCCUCAGUGGGGGAAGCGUCGUGGUGGAGGGCCAUACGCAGUCAAUGAGGAGGGAUCGUCGGGGUAGGCGUGGUGUGGACCCCAAGGAAUCUUUGACUUUGGGAUGCAACAAUACCGUUUCAGCGAGAGCGUCGAUUAUGAUUCCGACAGGCGGUGGCACGGCAAGGGGCAUUGGGGAUGGUGCCCCGCAUCCCUUGGAUUCCGUGCAUGUGAACCCACAGGCAAGGUUAGGUCGCCAUAUGAGGCGGUAUGAAAAGGGACUAAAGACCCUCUACUCGAAUACAUACGGCGAUGAGGGGCCAUACGAACCUCGGGACGCAGAAGAGCUCUACGAUGAGGACGAAGAAGAAUAUGAGGAUGAUUAUACUGAGUUUGGUUCCCAUGAGGAGGGCGCCAGAAACCUGGCCAUGUUUUACGGGGCUCGCCCACACCACCCUCCGGCCACACCACAAAUGCCGCUGCGCCCUAGUCGAGUCUUACUAAGCCAGCGAAGUGCAAACACAAUUUACAGCUUCACAGGGGAUAUUCGUUACAAGUACCGUGGCGGCUUGGGCGCGCCGUUAUGUGCCGUCUUGGGACCAGACGGUUCCACGCUGCGACACCGGUCAGAUCCUGUUCGUCGCGGGCAACAAAUGCGGGAUAUGUGGAAAAGGGAUAAGUUCCUUGCACAGCAGAGCCGAAAAGAGGAUCGUUGGCGCAUACGUCAAAGCAUGCUGGCAUGGGAACCUUUGUGA